AUGCUUGAUUUUAUAAAUCUAAUUAACAACAUAAACAACCCAACAUCUCCAACAAAAAUUACACCAAAAGUAAUCCCAAUUAAAUAUGAAAUAAAAGAUAUAUUAGUUGAUUCAGAUGAAGAAAAGUAUGAAUGUGAUAUUUGUACUUUAGAAUUAUUUAUUGAAAGUGAACCAAAAGCUCUUCAAUGCAAAGAAGGUCAUUUAGCUUGUAGACGUUGUUGGGAAAGAUAUCUAAGCACAAAUAAACAGUGUAUGACUUGUAAAACACCAAUUUCUUCAAUUUCAGAAUUAUCAAGAAAUAGAUACUUGGAAAAAGAAUAUUCUAAUUGGUUAAACGAUAGACUAGUUUUUUGUCCAAAUUCAAACGAAAAUGUAUUUAGACUCAAUAUGUCGGGUUUACCUGCUAUUAAUAAUAGCAAUCAAACAUUACAUCAAGAUCUAUGUAAUCAUGGUGCAAUGAAAUUUAGUGAAUUACAGAAUCAUUAUAAAGCUUGUGAAUCAAGAAUAUUACAAUGUAAUUUAUGUUUAAUUAAAUUUUGUAGUAAGGAUUCAGACAAACAUCAAAAUGAAUGUUCAAAAGUAUAUUCAAAAUGUGAAUUUUGUAAUAGUAAUAUUCUAAGAUCAUCAUUAUCUGAUCAUCAUAAAACACAUUGCACAAAAUAUUUAAUAGAAUGCCCUCAUUGUAAAAUUAUGAUUAAAAGAGAUACAAUAACAAAACAUAUAAAUGAUGAUUGUGAAGAAAUUAUGAUUACUUGUUCGGAAUAUUUAUGUGGCAAACGUUUUACUAGAUCAAAAAUGCAAAUUCAUUCUUUAGAACAUUCAGUCACAAAACUAAUGAAUCAAAAUGAAAUAAUAAAAAAAGAUAAUCAAAAUUUGGAUCAAGAAAAAAAAAUCGAAGAAAUUAAACUAAAACUUAACAACCUCCUUAAUAAUUAUAUUCAAUUGAAAAAUGAAAUAGCUGUUUUGAAACAGAACAGUUUUAAAGAGAUGGUAUACAGUAACAAAUGGAUUAUUCCUGAAUAUAGAAGUUUUAAUGCUUUAUAUACUCAUAAAAAGAGUAAAAAUUCAAAUGAUUUUCAAGUGGGAUCCCACACAUUUUAUAUUAAGAUUUAUCCAAAUGGUCAAGCCGGAAAACAAGGAAAGUUUGGUGUAUUUUUAGAAAGGAAACCAAGAUAUGGUAUACUCUUAAAAUAUAUGUUUUCAUUUUCUUUACUUCCACCAGAAGAUUCAACUGCUACAAAAGUAUCAUUAGGACCAAUCCAUAGAGUACUAAUAUUGCUUCUAAUAGAUUUCGAAGAAUCUAGAAGUUUGAGUUGUGGUACUAAUGUAUUUACAGAUUCAAGAAAGGUUUUAAAAGAUUUUUUGAAUGAAAAAGGUGAAUUAGAAAUAAGUUUCUCAAUUACUAUUCAAGAUGAAAAAAUUAUUCCCUUAUAA